GGCGCGGCCGGCCCGCCGCUUUGUGUGCGCCCUGGAUUUGGGCAGGAGCUCGCGGUGGCGGCGGCGCUGAGGGAGGCGGCGGCGGCGGCGGCGGCGGCGAGCGGAGCCCGGAGGAGGGGGGGCCGCUCAUUCAUUUUUUCUCCGUGUUGCUGCCCCUCGCCGGCCUCGCCCGCCACCGGGACUUCGGGCCGGUCUUGCCAACUGCGUCGCGCUCUCCCGCCGCGGAGGCUCGGCCGCCCGGCCGCCCUGCCCCUUCGCCCGCGGCCGGGUGUGGGUGUCCUCGGCCGCACGGAUUUGGGCUUUGCCCCCUUCGCAGUUUCCACCCCGCGCCUGCCCCUCCGGGUUUGAAAAUGGAGGCCGACGACGCCGACCGCCCGCCCCGGCGCGCCCCGGGUUCUCGACUCCGCCGAGCCCUGGGCCGCGGCUGCCGGCGCUGAGUGGCCGCCCCGCGCCGCCCCGUGCGCGCUGCCCGUCGGGCCGGGUGGCGCCGCCUUCGGAGUAUUGUUUCCUUCGCUCUUGAUUUUGGAGGGGGAGCGAAGACUGAGUUGGAGACUUUUUUUUUUAUUUUCUUUCUUUUUUUUUUUUCCUUGUUCUUUUUCUUUGUUUCUUUCUUUCUUUUUUUUUUUUGAAAAAGAGGAAUUUCGUCCCAAAUCAAAGGAAUGAAGGCUGGCUCCGGAGGAGGGUCCCCGACCUCGCUGUGGGGGCUCCUGCUUCUCUCCGCUGCGCUCUCGCUCUGGCCGACGAGUGGAGAAAUCUGUGGGCCAGGCAUUGACAUCCGCAAUGACUAUCAGCAGCUGAAACGCCUGGAGAACUGCACAGUGAUCGAGGGAUACCUCCACAUCCUGCUCAUCUCCAAGGCUGAGGACUACCGCAGCUACCGCUUUCCCAAGCUCACGGUCAUCACCGAAUACCUGUUGCUGUUCCGAGUGGCUGGCCUCGAGAGCCUUGGAGACCUCUUUCCAAAUCUCACGGUCAUCCGUGGCUGGAAACUCUUCUAUAACUACGCCCUGGUUAUUUUUGAGAUGACCAAUCUCAAGGAUAUUGGGCUUUACAACCUGAGAAACAUUACCCGUGGGGCUAUCAGGAUUGAGAAAAAUGCUGACCUGUGUUACCUCUCCACGGUGGACUGGUCUCUGAUCCUGGAUGCAGUGUCCAAUAACUACAUCGUGGGAAACAAGCCCCCAAAGGAGUGUGGGGACCUGUGUCCAGGGACCAUGGAGGAGAAGCCCAUGUGCGAGAAAACCACCAUCAACAAUGAGUACAACUACCGCUGCUGGACCACGAAUCACUGCCAGAAAAUGUGCCCGAGCGUGUGCGGGAAGCGCGCAUGCACCGAGAACAACGAGUGCUGCCACCCCGAGUGCCUGGGCAGCUGCCAUGCGCCCGACGAUGACACGGCCUGCGUGGCCUGCAGACACUUCUACUAUGCUGGCGUCUGUGUGCCCGCCUGCCCGCCCGGCACCUAUCGCUUCGAAGGCUGGCGCUGCGUGGACCGUGACUUCUGCGCCAACAUCCCAAAUGCCGAGAGCAGUGACUCUGAGGGCUUCGUCAUCCACGACGGCGAGUGCAUGCAGGAGUGCCCCUCUGGCUUCAUUCGCAACGGCAGCCAGAGCAUGUACUGCAUUCCAUGUGAAGGUCCUUGCCCCAAGGUCUGUGAGGAAGAAAAGAAGACAAAAACCAUCGACUCUGUGACUUCGGCUCAGAUGCUCCAAGGGUGCACCAUCCUCAAGGGCAACUUGCUCAUUAAUAUCCGACGAGGCAAUAACAUUGCGUCGGAACUGGAGAACUUCAUGGGGCUCAUUGAGGUGGUGACCGGCUACGUCAAGAUCCGCCAUUCCCAUGCCUUGGUCUCCUUGUCCUUCCUGAAAAACCUUCGCCAAAUCUUAGGGGAAGAGCAGCUGGAAGGGAACUACUCCUUCUACGUCCUGGACAACCAGAACCUGCAGCAGCUGUGGGACUGGGACCACCGCAACCUGACCAUCAAGUCAGGGAAGAUGUACUUCGCUUUCAAUCCCAAACUGUGCGUUUCUGAAAUUUACCGCAUGGAGGAAGUGACGGGGACGAAAGGGCGCCAGAGCAAAGGGGAUAUAAACACCAGGAACAACGGCGAGCGAGCCUCCUGUGAAAGCGACGUGUUACGUUUCACCUCCACCACCACGUGGAAGAACCGUAUGAUCAUAACCUGGCACCGGUACCGGCCCCCGGACUACAGGGACCUCAUCAGCUUCACUGUUUAUUACAAGGAGGCACCAUUUAAAAAUGUCACUGAAUAUGACGGACAGGAUGCUUGUGGCUCCAACAGCUGGAACAUGGUGGAUGUGGACCUGCCUCCCAACAAGGAUGGGGAGCCUGGCAUCCUGCUGCAAGGGCUGAAGCCCUGGACGCAGUACGCAGUCUACAUCAAGGCCGUGACCCUCACCAUGGUAGAGAACGACCACAUCCGUGGGGCCAAGAGUGAAAUCCUGUAUAUCCGCACCAAUGCUUCAGUCCCUUCCAUUCCCCUGGAUGUCCUUUCGGCAUCUAACUCGUCUUCUCAGCUCAUUGUGAAGUGGAACCCUCCGUCUCUACCCAACGGGAACCUGAGCUACUACAUCGUGCGGUGGCAGCGGCAGCCUCAGGAUGGCUACCUGUACCGGCACAACUACUGCUCCAAAGACAAAAUCCCCAUCCGGAAGUAUGCAGACGGCACCAUUGACGUCGAAGAGGUCACGGAGAAUCCUAAGACUGAAGUGUGCGGUGGGGAGAAGGGGCCUUGCUGCGCUUGCCCCAAGACGGAAGCCGAGAAGCAGGCUGAGAAGGAGGAGGCUGAGUACCGGAAGGUGUUUGAGAAUUUCCUGCACAACUCCAUCUUCGUGCCCAGGCCUGAACGGAAGCGGAGAGAUGUUAUGCAGGUGGCCAACACCACCAUGCCCAGCCGAAGCAGGAACACUACGGUGGCUGACACCUACAAUACCACAGACCCAGAGGAGCUGGAGACAGAAUACCCCUUCUUUGAGAGCAGAGUGGAUAAUAAGGAGAGGACGGUCAUUUCCAACCUACGCCCUUUCACUUUGUACCGGAUUGACAUCCACAGCUGUAACCACGAGGCUGAGAAGCUGGGCUGUAGUGCUUCCAACUUCGUCUUUGCAAGAACCAUGCCUGCAGAAGGAGCAGACGACAUUCCUGGCCCAGUGACAUGGGAGUCGAGGCCUGAGAACUCCAUCUUUUUAAAGUGGCCAGAACCAGAGAACCCCAAUGGACUGAUUCUCAUGUAUGAAAUAAAGUACGGAUCGCAAACCGAGGAUCAGCGAGAAUGUGUGUCCAGACAGGAAUACAGGAAGUAUGGCGGGGCCAAACUGAGCCGGCUAAACCCAGGGAACUACACCGCCCGGAUUCAGGCCACCUCGCUCUCUGGGAAUGGGUCAUGGACAGAUCCUGUGUUCUUCUAUGUCCCGGCCAAAACAACGUAUGAAAACUUCAUCUAUCUGAUCAUCGCGCUGCCGGUCACCAUCCUGUUGAUCGUGACGGGGCUGGUGAUAGUGCUGUACUUCCACCGGAAGAGAAAUAACAGCAGGCUCGGGAAUGGAGUGUUGUACGCUUCUGUUAACCCAGAAUACUUCAGUGCUGCGGAUGUGUACGUUCCCGAUGAGUGGGAGGUAGCUCGAGAGAAGAUCACCAUGAACCGGGAGCUGGGGCAAGGCUCCUUUGGGAUGGUCUACGAAGGGGUGGCCAAAGGCGUGGUGAAAGAUGAGCCCGAAACUCGGGUAGCCAUCAAGACCGUGAAUGAGGCUGCGAGCAUGCGUGAGAGGAUUGAGUUUCUCAACGAGGCUUCCGUGAUGAAGGAGUUCAACUGUCACCAUGUGGUGCGGUUGCUGGGCGUGGUGUCCCAGGGCCAGCCCACACUGGUCAUCAUGGAACUGAUGACACGGGGGGAUCUCAAGAGCUACCUCAGGUCUCUGAGGCCGGAAAUGGAGAAAAACCCAGUCCUAGCACCUCCAAGCCUGAGCAAGAUGAUCCAGAUGGCCGGAGAGAUUGCAGACGGCAUGGCAUACCUCAACGCCAACAAGUUUGUCCACAGAGACCUUGCUGCCCGGAACUGCAUGGUGGCUGAGGAUUUCACGGUCAAAAUUGGAGAUUUUGGGAUGACUCGAGAUAUCUAUGAGACAGACUACUACCGGAAAGGAGGGAAAGGGCUUCUUCCUGUCCGCUGGAUGUCUCCCGAGUCCCUCAAGGAUGGAGUCUUCACCACUCAUUCAGACGUCUGGUCCUUCGGGGUUGUCCUUUGGGAGAUCGCCACGCUGGCUGAGCAACCAUACCAGGGCUUGUCCAACGAGCAAGUUCUGCGCUUCGUCAUGGAGGGCGGCCUUCUGGACAAGCCUGACAAUUGCCCGGAUAUGCUGUUCGAGCUGAUGCGCAUGUGCUGGCAGUACAACCCCAAGAUGAGGCCUUCCUUCCUGGAGAUCAUCAGCAGCAUCAAAGACGAGAUGGAGCCGGGCUUCCGGGAGGUGUCCUUCUACUACAGCGAGGAGAACAAGCCACCUGAGCCGGAGGAGCUGGACCUGGAGCCCGAGAACAUGGAGAGCGUCCCCCUGGACCCUUCAGCCUCCUCCUCCUCCCUGCCGCUGCCCGACAGACACUCAGGACACAAGGCCGAAAACGGCCCAGGCCCAGGAGUGCUGGUCCUGCGUGCCAGCUUCGACGAGAGACAGCCUUACGCACACAUGAAUGGAGGCCGCACAAAUGAGAGGGCCUUGCCGCUGCCCCAGUCUUCAACCUGCUGAUCCUGGAUCCCGCAUCCGUGCAAACAGUAACGUGUGUGCACACUCGGCGGGGGGGGAGGGGAGGGAGAGUUUAACAAUCUAUCCACAAGCCUCCUGUACCUCAGUAGAUCUUCAGAGCUGCAUCGCUGCCCAAGGAGAGCGCGUCUCUGCAGUAAACACCUUGGGAUGGUCCUUUUCUCAGUAUGCAAGCAGCUUUUUAUUUCCCUGCCCAAGCCCUUAACUGACACGGGCCUCUGAGAACCUUAACGACAACACUCAGUAGCAACAGAACACUUGAGAAUUGAGUCGUCUCAUUCUCUUUCCCCUCUCUCUGUCUCUUUCUGUCUCUGACUCUCCUUUUCCUUCUUUUUUCUGCUUCAUAAUGGGAAGUACUUGCUGCAAGCCCCACUGGAAAGCCCCUUUUAUCAGAUGGAGGAAAUGGCCAUCCCUGGGGCCCUGUAUCCCUCCGUACACACCUGCCUGUCGCCAUAGGUUGCUCAAUCUCAAUCUCUUUCUCUCUCUCUCUCUCUC